ACCCUCGUUUCACUUCAUUAUUAAUAAUGAUAAUUUAUAAUCAUACUGUACAAUCAUGUAUUUUUUAAAAAUAUUAUUAGUGAAUUUAUCGAUGUUUAAAUGUUUACAAAUCAGAACGGUUCCGUUCUAUCAUGAGUAGAUAUAAAUAAAUAAGAAUUUGUAUCAUAAUAGCAUUUAUAACCUAGUCUAAUUUUGUACAAGUGCGAGAUGAAUUAAAAUUUGUCAACUCAUUCGAAUAACUAUUAGAAUAAUGAAUUAUUUAAGAUCGUCAUGGUGUUCGUCGAUUUAAAAUGAAAUUGAGAAGCACACAUGCAACAUGCGUCGCCGAUUAUUAUUUCAUAUCUCAAUCGAUGAUCAACGAAUUUUCAAAUGCCUUUUAAAUGAUUAUCACUGAUAAUCUUGUGUCGUGAGUCAUGCUGAAACAUAGGCGUUACAAUGAAACCCGUAAAACAUAAAAUUUGUAUGGUGUCUGAUUUUUUUUAUCCUAACAUGGGUGGCGUAGAAGAGCAUAUCUUCAACUUGUCUCAGUGUUUACUCGGGCAUGGGCACAAGGUCGUCAUUCUAACUCACUCCUAUGGUGACAGAGUCGGAGUACGUUACAUGACGAAUGGCCUAAAAGUAUAUUAUAUACCAGUACAGGUAUUCUACAACCAAUGUGUUCUUCCAACGAUGAUCUGCUCCCUCCCUCUUAUCAGAUAUAUCUUCUUGAGAGAAGAGAUCGAAAUAGUACAUGGCCAUUCCGCGUUCUCAGCCCUUGCUCACGAAGGAAUGCUAAUUGGCCGUUUGAUGGGACUAAAAACUAUUUUCACAGAUCAUUCGCUUUUCGGCUUCGCGGACGCGUCUGCGAUUUUAACGAACAAAUUUUUGGAGAUAUCAUUAGCCGAUUGCAACCACUGCAUAUGCGUGUCUCACACAGGGAAAGAGAAUACGGUUCUAAGAGCAAAGGUUCAAAAGGAGAAAGUAUCCGUCAUUCCGAACGCAGUUGACACUACGUUGUUCAUGCCAGAUACCAGUAAACGAGACAAUGAUUUUAUCACGAUAGUCAUAGUGUCGCGACUAGUAUAUCGCAAAGGUGUCGAUUUAUUAGCUCGUAUCAUACCCGAUAUUUGUAGUCGGUACGAGGACGUGCAAUUUCUAAUCGCCGGGGACGGCCCUAAGAGGUGGCUGAUAGAGGAAGUGCGGGAGAGAAAUCUGUUGCAGCACAGAGUCACGUUGCUCGGUAGCUUGGAUCAUUCACAGAUCGGGUCGGUCUUGAACAAAGGCCACAUAUUCCUGAAUACAAGCUUGACCGAAGCGUAUUGCAUGGCGAUCGUCGAGGCGGCGUCCUGCGGUUUACAAGUUGUUUCGACGAAGGUCGGCGGAAUACCUGAAGUGUUGCCUUCGGAUUUGAUUUACUUGGUAGAACCCACGGUGCCUGGUCUUAUCGAGGGACUAGAGUCUGCCAUAUCUGAUUACAAAGAAGGCAACACGAGAUGUCCAUUAGAAACGCAUAAAAGAAUAAGUUUGUAUUAUAAUUGGUUCAAUAUUACAAGGAGAACCGAGGUUGUUUAUAAUCUAGUGAAAAAAGAGGACGAGAAGAAGUUAGGCCAACAAUUGGCUAGUUACGUCCGCAGCGGUGUGUUAGCGUAUUUGCUUGUUGUGUCGUUGUGUUAUAUCAUUUUACAAGGUUUAGAAGUUCUUGUGCCGAGAAAGUAUAUUGACGUUGCGAAAGAUUACACCGAAAUUAACGUGAUUCAUCCUCAGGGAGAAGGGAAAGAAGAGUAAUUAGAUGUACAUACGAAUACAUUCCUGUUGGGAAAAUAACACGGAGCCUACCGUUUGAAGGGUAGAGCGUGAGAGACAUUGAGGCACAACAGAGAAAUAGUAGUUAAAUCGAAGAAACGUUGUGUUAUAAGUUGUGUUGUGUUAUAAUUGUGUUGUGUUAUAAUUGUGUUGUAGAAACGACGGAAGAGAUGAAAUCCCUUGCGACUUUUCAUGGCAACGCUGGUUAUGUGAGAUAGUUUUUAAAUAGAACUUGCAUGGUUCAAAUAGGUGGAUUUUUUAAUGAAAACGAAUUCUUUUUAAUGUUAUUAUUUAAUGAGAUACGAUGGUCAAGUUUGAUUUUUCAAAUGGGACUAUGUAUUUCUUUUUGUAUUACUUGAUAGCAAUUUUCAAGAUGAUUUCGUUUAUCUUUCAUGUGUAAAGUCGAUUUUAAUUAGAGUUUGAGAUGUUGAAUUCAAAGACUAACUAAUUUUUACGAAGUGAGAAAUGGAAGCACAGAAGGGAAUCUUGUUGCGAUUAAGCUGCUUGAGAUACGUACGAUCUAGCUAUCACAAAGGAUAAUACUUUCUGAAAUUUGACUGAACUCCAUGCAACACUUCUCCUUGUUCGCUUAGUUAGAUAUUUAUUGCGCUUCCAAAGGUAAAACAUGUUUGUAUACGGGAAUCUGGUCGAUUUGUCUUAUUUCAAAAAUUAGGUUUUGAGAUAUUCCAUUCCAAAAUUUGCUAACUUCUUUCAAGGAUUUUAAAACUCUUUUCAAUGAAGAAAAUGCAUUUAAUGUUUCUAAUAUCUGAAAUUACUUCUGUUAUAUGUAUUAUUGCAUUUAAUUGAGAAUUAUGUUGAGUGACGAACUAGCAUCCUCAGAUUGCGGAUUUUUAUGAAUAAAAUUAAAAAAACGAAUUGUCUAUAAACAUUUGUCUUCUCUAUAAAUUUUACUUUGUAUGUUUCGUAUUUAUUUAUAUAUUACUACAUACCGUGUCUAUGUAAAUUAUUAAAAAUUCCCAUAAAUGCAUAAACAUCCGCAGUCUACUUAACGCUAUUAACAUAAUUAACUCACCCAAUUCUAUCUUAUGUAAAAUAUUCAUUCAUCUUGACCUCUGUCCUACCCAUCCCUAGCAUCCCUAUUCCUAACUGUUUUGUCCAUUGUACCUUAUUAUUGUCCUUUGGGACAUAAUUUUCAUUUAAUAUAAAUUAUGGAUGGAGAAAUUGUUAAAAAUUUCUCACGUUGUUGAAAAUUCUUUAUAUAAUGCGGAAAAAUAUUGUCUUCUAUGCCAGGCGAUCCUAUUUCAAGCCAUAUCCAUUUUAAAAGACUUACAAGAAUCCAGUGCUGUCCUCUCCAUUUGUACUCUUGAAGAAUUAACAAAUUUUGCAGUUUAAUAUCUCGAAACCUAAUUAAUCAGGACUGUAGAUUUCUUUAAUUACUGCUUAAUAAUUAACAACCAAA